AAAAAUGUAAUUUGUUUAUGGCUGACCAAUGAACUUUAAGAGAAAGAAAUCAGUUAGUUGUCAAAUAUCGUCAAUUAUGGCGGGUUCGUGUUUUUUCAAGCUCAAAGAUGAAAUGAGUAGUUAUUUGCGCCGCUCGGGCGGCGACAUUGACAGCGAUUUGUCGAAUAUUCUCGUGCGCCAUUUUGUGAACGCUAUGGAAUUUUGUAUUAAGUAAUCCACGUGAGAAGGUCAAAAUACGUGUUUUAGUGAAAUGUCUGACAAAUUGGUGGGGCAGACGGUGCUAAAGAGGCACGAGGUCGCUAGGCCGGUGCAUAUCCAAAGGUUGGAGGCGGCUUUGGACGUGCGCCCGUUCGUGUGCCAAGUAGAGAGGAUUUUGAACUCCGAUGGCCCCUCUGAGAGCGAGGAUGACUCUGACAGCAAAUCUGUCAGUAAUGAGAUGUCUAAAGGUGACAGACUGGUGCAUGGAGUGGUCACCACCAAGCAAGAACGACAGAGUGACCGUCUUAGACUGUACAACUUCUCAGCAGUAGGUGAGGAAAGGCAAUGGCUUCGAGAUGUGCUCCUCUCAUCCGAGUCGGAGACUAGCAGUGAUGAAGACACUCCCGUGGAGACGGAGUUGAGGAUACAGAGGAUGUUAAAGGAGAGGAAAUAUCAGAACAAAUAUGCUAAGAAGUAUUAUAAGGAUCCAGGAAAUUCCCGAUACAUGUACUACGGGGCUGGGCUGCUGUCUACAGUGGACCGGUACCCAGAGCGUCGUGUCGUUCGUCCAUUGCCGCAGCCCCCGUCCACUAGGGGGCGUAGGGGCCGCCCGUCUGAGAGAGGCGCGUCGGCUAGGGGCGCGCAUAAGGCUCGCAGGGGCCGGGCUAGAGAGGGAAGGUCAGGCGAUGGUGGCGAUAUGCCUGACGGAGUGGAUUGGGAGGAGCAACUGCGUCACUUGAAGGAGGAGAAUGACCAAGAUGAGUACACUAUCGCUCCUGAAAAACCGGGAGUCAGAGGUCGUAAAAAGCUAUCGACCCUCAAGAGUCCUGAAGCCCUGACGGCCCGUAGACGUCGCCACUGGCUACUGCUGGUGAAGAAAGAGCUCGGCAAGGUGCAGAGGGCGAGGACGUCCACGCAUCGGGAGGUCACGCUGCAGAGGAAGCGACUCGCGACUCUGUGCUGUAAACAUUGGCGGCAUAUCGCGAUGCAGUCACAAAAGAACAUGAAGGAGACGGUGUGGCGGUGCAAGCGGCUGAGUAGAGAGAUGCAGUCGUACUGGAGGAGAUAUGACCGCGCCGAGAGAGAGACGCGCAGGCGCAUGGAGAAGGAAGCAGAGGAACAGAGAAAGAUGGACGUAGAACUGAUGGAAGCGAAGCGGCAACGUCGCAAGCUAAACUUCCUGAUCACGCAGACGGAACUGUACGCGCACUUCAUGCAGCGCAAGCUCAACGCGGCGGACGACGGCGAGAACGGCGCCGACAGGAUACUGAGGCAGCUCGACGAGGACCGGGACCCGAGGCUCGCUGCUAUAGAUCAUUAUGACAGUGAGGAGAUGAAGGCGCGUGCGUCGCGCAACGCCCGCGAGGCGUUCCGUGCGGAGCGCGCGCGCACGCGCCACUUCCCCGCGCCCGCCGACCCCGCAGACCCCGCCGACGCCGCGCCGCUCGACCAGCAGCCGCCCGACCGCCCGCCCGGCGACUACGACCAGCCCUCCAUCUUCAGGGGCACGCUCAAGGGCUACCAGCUUAAGGGCAUGAACUGGCUCGCCAAUCUCUAUGAUCAGGGUAUAAGUGGCAUCCUGGCUGAUGAAAUGGGUCUCGGCAAGACAGUGCAGUGCAUAGCGUUCCUCUGUCACGUGGCAGAGAGGCUCGGGGUGUGGGGUCCGUUCCUUGUCGUGUCUCCGGCUUCGACUCUUCACAACUGGCAGCAGGAGAUGGAGAGAUUCGUGCCUGAUUUUAAAGUAGUCCCAUACUGGGGCAGUCCGAGCGAGCGCAAGAUCCUCCGUCAAUUCUGGGAACGCAAGGACCUACACACGCGAGCCGCCGCGUUCCACGUAGUCGUCACCUCGUAUCAGAUAGUGGUGUCCGAUCUCAAGUAUUUGAAUCGAGUGUCGUGGCAGUACAUGAUUUUAGACGAAGCGCAGGCGAUCAAGAGCUCAGCCAGUAUGAGAUGGAAGUUGUUACUUGGGUUCAGUUGUAGGAAUCGACUGUUGCUUUCUGGUACACCUAUACAAAACAGCAUGGCGGAGCUAUGGGCGCUGCUUCAUUUCAUAAUGCCGACGUUGUUCGACUCUCAUGAGGAGUUCAACGAGUGGUUCUCUAAAGACAUCGAGAGCCACGCUGAGAACAAGAGCACCAUUGAUGAGAAACAUCUGUCCCGUUUGCACAUGAUUCUAAAGCCGUUCAUGUUGCGGCGCAUCAAGAAAGAUGUUGAGAACGAGCUGUCGGACAAGAUCGAGAUAAUGGUGCACUGUCCACUCACUAUUAGACAGAAACUUUUGUAUAUAGCUUUAAAAAAGAAGAUAAAGAUAGAGGAGUUGUUACAUUAUUCGGUCGGUGCCGAGUCCGGUCACAGCGUAGAUAAGAACUUCACAUCCAACCUGAUGAACUUGGUUAUGCAAUUCAGGAAGGUGUGCAAUCACCCAGAACUAUUCGAGCGACGUGACGUCAGAUCUCCCUUCGCGAUGCAAGUUGACGACUAUCACAUACCGAAGUUAAUCGCUGAAGACGGCAUUCUUAUCCGUUCAGUGCCGUCUAAACGUCAUCUGCUGUACAACAUAUUGUCAGUGCUGACACCAGAGUAUAUACAUAGUAGCUUGUGUGGGAAGAGCGAAUUCUAUGGAUUCACAAGGUUUAUUGAUCUGUCACCCAUGGAGUUGUAUAGAGUGACGUUAUGCGGUUGGCUGUACGCAAUGCUUCACAUAGAACAAUGUUUAGAGAAAUAUGAGAAAUUACGUCACAGGCAAUACUGGUGGUACGAUCAAAUAUCUGAACAAACAUCACAAGACGACCCAUUUCACAACCCUAAAUACUACGACAGAAUACACUACAAAAACAUGUUGUCCGUUUGUCCCGAUGGUGAUGUUUUAAAGAAGAGGAAAGAGGACAGCUUUUUGUGGAGGGAGUUUCUGUUUACAGAUCCUCUUUGGAUUGAAGGGGGUCCAUUCUACACGCAUGCUGACGUCACGAUAUACUACAUGCCCGAGACGAUAGAGCAUCGAGCGUUACGCACGAGGAAUAUGAAGGAGAGAGAACCGCCCGACAUGCUGACGGAGAUAAAGACUGAGGACGGCGGCGUGAUCCCGGUGAAGACGGAGGAGGUGGCCGAGUUCCCGCACGUGGAGCGCGCGCCCGUGCUCUAUCCCGACCUGCCCACCACGCUGCCCGGCUUCCUCUACACCACGCAGCAGAAGGUGUGCGCGCGCACAGUGCGCGCGUUCGCGUCGUCGUCGGUUCGGUUCGCGGCUACGGCGGUGCACCGCACGUCGCGUCGGGUCGCGUACGCGGUGACGCGGCACGAGCACGCGGAGUGCGCGCGCGGCUGGCGCACGCUGCGCCGCCUCGUGGCCGCCGCGCGCCUGCCCGCCGGCUGGGCCACGCUGCAGGUGCCCGGUAAGUGUACAGCGCACGUCGCGUCGGGUCGCGUACGCGGUGACGCGGCACGAGCACGCGGAGUGCGCGCGCGGCUGGCGCACGCUGCGCCGCCUCGUGGCCGCCGCGCGCCCGCCCGCCGGCUGGGCCACGCUGCAGGUGCCCGUGCGCGCGCGGCUGGCGCACGCUGCGCCGCCUCGUGGCCGCCGCGCGCCCGCCCGCCGGCUGGGCCACGCUGCAGGUGCCCGGUAAGUGUACAGCGCACGUCGCGUCGGGUCGCGUACGCGGUGACGCGGCACGAGCACGCGGAGUGCGCGCGCGGCUGGCGCACGCUGCGCCGCCUCGUGGCCGCCGCGCGCCCGCCCGCCGGCUGGGCCACGCUGCAGGUGCCCGGUAAGUGUACAGCGCACGUCGCGUCGGGUCGCGUACGCGGUGACGGCUGGCGCACGCCACGCUGCAGGUGCCCGUACAGCGCACGCGUACGCGGUGACGCGGCGCACGCUGCGCGCGCGGCGCACGCUGCGCCGCUCGUGGCUGCCGCGCGCCCGCCCGCCGGCUGGGCCACGCUGCAGGUGCCCGGUAAGUGUACAGCGCACGUCGCGUCGGGUCGCGUACGCGGUGACGCGGCACGAGCACGCGGAGUGCGCGCGCGGCUGGCGCACGCUGCGCCGCCUCGUCGCCGGCUGGGCCCGCCGCCCCAGCGCACGUCGCGUCGCGCGUACGCCCACGGCUGGCGCAGGUGCCCGGUAAGUGUACAGCGCACGUCGCGUCGGGUCGCGUACGCGGUGACGCGGCACGAGCACGCGGAGUGCGCGCGCGGCUGGCGCACGCUGCGCCGCCUCGUGGCCGCCGCGCGCCCGCCCGCCGGCUGGGCCACGCUGCAGGUGCCCGAUAAGAACCAGUUAGUGAGCGACGCGGGUAAACUGACCGUGCUGGACUCUCUGCUGAAAAGACUGAAGGAGCGUGGGCACAGGGUGCUCAUAUACAGCCAAAUGACGAAGAUGAUUGAUCUCUUAGAGGAAUACAUGUGGCAUCGCAAACAUAAAUACAUGCGACUGGACGGCUCGAGCAAGAUCUCAGCUCGACGCGACAUGGUCGCAGAUUUUCAGGCCCGCACGGAUAUAUUCGUGUUCCUAUUGUCGACUCGCGCUGGUGGACUUGGCAUCAAUCUCACAGCUGCCGAUACAGUAAUCUUCUACGACUCGGAUUGGAAUCCGACUGUAGACCAACAGGCUAUGGACCGCGCUCAUCGCUUGGGUCAGACGAAGCAAGUCACCGUCUAUCGGCUCAUAUGCAAAGGCACCAUUGAAGAAAGGAUAAUGCAACGGGCUAGGGAAAAGAGUGAGAUCCAAAGAAUGGUAAUCAGUGGCGGCAACUUCAAGCCAGACACGUUGAAGCCUAAGGAAGUGGUUUCGUUGCUUCUGGACGACGAGGAAAUUGAACUCAAAUACCGCCAAAAGUCUGAGGAGAAGAAAAUUAUGGAGGAACGAGAGCGGAAACGAAAAUUGGGCAUUUUGCCUGUAGCACAACAACCAGUGGUGGUGGAGCCGAAGCGAGCUCGCGAAUCAGCGUCGGAGCCCGGCAGUCCCUUGCAAGUGGACGAUGAGGGAGAUAACCUCGUCGUUGACGUCCCGUCGCAGCCCGCCACGCCUAGAUCGUACUCCCCGGUGGGCGGGGUGUGUCCGGCGGGCGCGGUGGGCGCGGGCGCAGCUCCCGCGGUGGGGCGCGCGGCGUGGAGCGCGCGGGGCUCGGCGCGGGGCGCGCGCGGCGGGGCGCGGCGCGGGAGGCCGCGCGGCUCGCGACACGCACUCACGCGCAGGCACAAGCCGCCCGCGACAGACGACGCCGCCGCACUCGCCGCUGGUGCAGCCCUCCUAGAGUCUGACGCACCGCUGGAACCAGAAGUUCGCACGGAGGACGUAAAUCGCGGACGCGGCCGGCGCGGACCGGGGCGGCCGCGCGUGCGCACCGCCGCGCCGCCGCGUCGCCCGCGCAGGCCGCGCGAGCCACUGCUCGUACCGCUAGCACCGCCGCCUUAGAAUUCGUGAUGCCAAACCAUAAUAUACCUACACUUCAACCGAACCAUACCCACCUGUGACCCAGUGAAUAUAGCUACAAUACGCGGACUGCCAUAUACGUUGCAUCAAACACUGUAAAAAAUAAUAAACCAUGUACAAAUAUGCUAGAAAGUAUUACAAAGUUUGACUGGUUAUAAAGCUGUAAAUAUAUAAAAAUAUGUUUUAUUUCAUAUUUAUUAUGAUGUAAAGUUGUUUUAUUGCCUCAUCGAUUGAAGGAUUCUUUCUUGUUUUUUCCCAGUUUUUGACACUUACAUUUUCACCCUUCACCUGUAUUUUCCACGCACGAGUAAUCCUGGCCUCAUACGUUCUUGGCCAUUUACCUAUAUUCAUAGCCUUAAAUAAGUGACUGAACUGAAAAUACAAGAAGUAAAUACCGUCAAUUGUUAUACAAAUAAAUGUUGUGACUAUACGCUUUAACCAAUAUAGAAUCUGUUGACGAAUAAAGGUGAUUUAAUAUACAAUGUA